AUGGUCGAAGACAAAUAUAUCGGAUUGGCGUUAGCCGUCGCCUCAACACUUGCGAUAGGAACGAGUUUUGUCAUCACGAAAAAGGGCUUGAUGCAAGCGAGUCAACAACAUGGCUUUGAGGGAGAAGGCUUCGCAUAUCUCAAGAGUCCCGUGUGGUGGUCAGGCAUCAUCACAAUGGUUAUCGGCGAAGUAGCCAACUUUGCAGCAUACGCCUUCGCGCCACCGAUUCUCGUUACGCCGUUAGGGGCGCUCAGUGUAUUGAUUGGAGCGGUACUUGGAUCGUAUUUCCUAGGCGAGAACCUGGGCACGUUGGGAAAGCUGGGAUGCGCCAUCUGUCUGAUCGGAUCUGUCGUCAUUGUGCUACACGCUCCGCCGGAUAAAGAGGUGCAGACGAUUGACGAGAUUCUCAACUACGCUGUCCAGCCUGGCUUCCUUUUCUACGUACUCCUGGUCAUCAUCUUCUCGACCGUCAUGAUCUACCGCAUCUGCCCGCGUUAUGGACGCAAGAACCCGCUGAUCUACAUUUCCAUCUGCAGCACCGUCGGCUCCGUGUCCAUCAUGGCCGUCAAGGGUGUCGGUAUUGCCGUCAAGCUGACCUUGGCCGGCUCCAACCAAUUCACCCAUCCCAGCACAUACGUCUUCAUCCUCGUCACCGUCGUCUGCAUCAUGACGCAGAUGAACUACUUCAACAAGGCCCUGAGUCAAUUCAACACAAACAUUGUCAAUCCGCUUUACUACGUCACUUUCACCACCUGCACCCUCGUCGCAUCCUUCAUCCUCUUCCAAGGCUUCAACACCAGCGACGCUGUCAACACAAUCUCGCUCCUCUGCGGCUUCCUCACAAUCUUUGUCGGAGUCUACCUUCUCAACCUCUCGCGCGAAGACCCCGAAGGUCGUGCCCACAUGCAGCUGAACGGAAACGGCAGCCGCUUCGACCUCGACGGCAUUCCCACCGAUCCCAUGUCUGGUCCCCUGACUCGCCGUUCCAUGCAAGCCCGUCGCAGCUCCGAUGCUCAACGCCGCCGCUCCAACAGUCUCAACUUGUCUUUCGCUGGCAGAAGAUCAAAUGAUCACGACCGAGAAGCUUUGAUGCACAACUACGAUGUUGAGGCCACCAAUGGCGGUUUCAGCCUCGGUGAUCUGGCCGAGAGCGAUGACGAGGGUGCACCGCGGCAGAAUGGAAAAUCAAAGGUCUCACACGAGCGUCUCAGCUUCAACAAGACGAGCAGGUGA